AUGCUAGACAACACGAUCCUAGCAACCGCGAUCCCCUAUAUCACCGACGAAUUCCAUUCUUUACUAGACGUUGGGUGGUACGGUAGCGCGUACCAGCUAGCCUGUUCAGCACUACAGCCAUUUGGGGGGAAAAUCUACUCCAAGUUUAACUCUAAGUGGUCUUUUAUCAUUUACCUCCUCAUCUUCGAGGCCGGCUCCGCCGUAUGUGGUGCCGCUUCGUCCUCGGCCAUGCUUAUCGGGGGGAGGGCGAUUGCUGGAGUAGGUGGCUCGGGUCUGCUCAACGGAACACUCAUCAUUAUGAACUCUUGCAUUCCACCUCACCGCCAACCAGCUCUGGUCGGGUCUUUGAUGGGCAUUGGCCAGUUAGGUAUCGCAUUCGGUCCACUCAUCGGGGGUGCUUUUACAGAAUACGUGAUCUGGAGAUGGUGUUUCUAUCUCAAUCUCCCGAUUGGCGGCGCCGUAGCCCUUAUAAUCGCCUUUAUUCAUAUUCCAGACCACAUUGCGAAGCCAAAGAUGCAGGACGUCUUCAAAAACGCAUUUCUAGACUUUGACCUGCUGGGGCUUGUGCUUUUCGCACCAUCCGUCAUCAUGUUGCUCCUCGCGCUACAAUAUGGCGGGAAUCAAUACCGAUGGGAUAGCUCACAGGUCAUUGGUCUUUUCUGCGGCUCGGGCGCUAAUUUCAUCGUGUGGUUGAUCUGGGACUGGUAUCAGGGUGUCAACGCUAUGGUCCCGCUCUCGAUGAUGAGAAAGCGUGUUAUGUUGGCUAGCUGCGUGUCUGGUUUAUUCUUGAGCGGGACAAUGUUCAUUACGGCAUACUAUCUGCCUAUUUACUUCCAGACCGUUCGCGCCGCUACGCCAUUUACGAGCGGCGUGCAUGUUCUCCCUAAUAUUCUGUCACAGAUGAUCUUUGGAAUCUUAGCAGGGGGGUUGGUUCAGAGGGUUGGAUAUUACCCUCCAUUUGUCAUCUUAGGUGCUAUUCUGAACGCUAUCGGAUGCGGUCUUCUAAGUCUUCUAUCACCUACCACAUCCACAGGAGCUUGGAUCGGAUAUCAAAUCAUAUUCGGUAUUGGUCGAGGUCUUGCUAUGUCAAUGUCCUUCCUUGCUAUACAGAAUCACCUUCCGAGACACAUGAUUCCAGCAUCUAUGUCGACGCUUGUAUUCCUUCAGAAUCUAAGUGCAGCCGUUAUGACCGUCAUCUCGCAGACUAUUCUCACUAAUAGCUUAAUUGACAUUAUCCCACAGGAUGCACCUGGGGUUAAUCCCCAAGUUGUUAUUAGCGCAGGUACAACGGCAGCAGCACUAGCUCAGGUCGUAGGCCAAGAACAGUUACCCGGUGUCUUGUGGGCUUACGCACAUGCUUUACAACGACUCUGGUACUUUGCUGCUGGCAUUGCCGUACCCACGUUUGUUGCUGGCUGGUUCUUUGGUUGGGAUAAUAUCAAGGAGAAGGCUAAACGAGACAAGGAAGCUGAGAUAUUGAACGAGUGA